ACAUAUUCAUAUCCACUUAGAGAAAGAUACAUUAAACUAUAGCUACAAGAGAGAGAGAGAAAAAAAAUGGGAAAGAGCAAGGUUCUAGUUGUUGGGGGUACUGGUUACAUUGGGAGGAGAAUAGUUAAGGCAAGUUUAGAACAAGGACAUGAAACCUAUGUUCUACAACGUCCAGAUAUAGGACUUGAUAGUGACAAGGUUCAAAUGUUGUUAUCUUUCAAGAAACAAGGUGCUCAUCUUAUUGAAGGUUCUUUUUCUGAUCAUAAGAGUUUAGUUGAUGCUGUUAAGUUGGUUGAUGUUGUGAUUUCAACUAUGUCUGGUGUUCAUUUUCGAUCUCAUAAUUUGAUGAUGCAACUCAAACUUGUUGAGGCCAUUAAGGAUGCUGGGAAUGUUAAGCGUUUCUUGCCUUCAGAAUUUGGCAUGGACCCUGCUUUAAUGGGACAUGCCCUUGAACCAGGAAGAGUUACAUUUGAUGAGAAAAUGACUAUAAGAAAAACUAUUGAAGAUGCCAACAUUCCUUUCACUUACAUCUCUGCCAAUUGCUUCGCCACCUAUUUCGCCGGCAACCUCUCUCAGAUGGGGACACUCUUGCCUCCACGAGACAAGGUGGUUCUUUAUGGCGACGGCAAUGUGAAAGUUGUUUACAUGGAUGAAGAUGAUGUUGCAACAUACACAAUAAAGACAAUUGAUGAUCCUAGAACAUUGAACAAGACAAUAUAUCUAAGGCCACCAGAAAACAUUCUCACUCAAAGAGAGCUAAUUGAGAAAUGGGAGAAACUUAUUGGAAAGCAACUAGACAAGUCUACCUUAUCUGAACAAGACUUUCUUUCUUCCGUGAAAGAUUUGGACUUCGCAGGCCAAGUAGGAAUGGGACAUUUCUAUCACAUUUUCUAUGAAGGAUGUUUGACAAAUUUUGAAAUAGGGGAUGGAGAAGAAGCAUCAAAGCUUUAUCCAGAGGUGCAGUACACACGCAUGGAUGAAUUUCUAAAAUGUUAUGUGUGAUGAGAUUAUAUAAGCAUGAAAAGUUAUACUUUUUUGUUCUUCAAAUUAAUAAAAUAAAUCUUGGUGGUGUUAUAUAAUGAAGCAAUUGAGGAGAAAGAAUGUUGAUUAUAUAGUAGCAAGUUAUUUUCUUUGUAAUCAUGUUUGCUUUAAUUGUGAACUUGUUUCAUUUUUUCAACACAACAAAUCUACCUAAAUAAUGUUAACCAA